AUGGCCAGUCUGGCCGGGCCAAUUCAAGGCCAGGCGCGAGCUGAUGAGAAGCGUGGAAAGCGCGACACGCAAAAGUCACGACGCGCGUUGUUUUCCGUCUCUCAACACCGAAAGUCGCCUGGAUACCCGACAUCAUGGGCUUCGAGGUGGAAGCAUCGCCAGCAGACCCCCGCGAUACCGCGAAUCGGCGGCGGUAGCCCCAGAUGCGGAACACCGACUAAUACACCGCUUGCGCUCGUCCGGCAGCAGCACGGGCUGAUCACGCCAGACGAUGAAUCAGAACCAGAAGUUGUACUCCCCCAAACGAUCCAGAUCGGCCCCGAAGUGUACACGCUGAGCCGGUUCUACGCGAACUACGCGACGACCGCCAGCAUCGUCUUCUUCAACCAGCUCCCCGACCACUACAAGAGCGACCUUUCCGAGGCUAGCCAUACUCGACAUGCCACACAUGCGGUGGCACUAGCUAGCGCCGCACGCCAGCUGCAUCAGCCUGGUCUGAUGCUGGAAGCGCGGCAACAUUAUGGGAAGGCGAUUGGAACGUUGAACCAGGCACUGAGGGAUCCUGUACGAGCUAGGGAUGAUGGAAACCUGGUAACAAUGUUUCUCUUCGGAAUGUUUGAGGUCAUUGUCGGCAAACGAAGCCCAAAAGCCAUUGAUCUCGAGAACAAUGUGUUCCCGCAUGGCACCGGGGGCUUGCAACUAUUCAAGUUCCGUGCCGAGCAGGGACUCACAAAUGAAGUUGACAGAGGCUGCUUUUUGUUCUUCUGUCACGCUGCUUUAAUGGAAAUGUUUAUUCAACGAGAGCACCUAACGGGAAUCUGGUCAGUGCUGGAAGAAGUCGACACGCCAUGGGGCAAGGGCCCUGUUCUAGAGCCUCUUGUGCGCCAGGUGGUUGACUUCAAGAAAGCUUUUGACUUCAAAAUGCAGGUGCAAGGGUAUGUGUCGAAGCUCACUGCAGAGCCAGCUGAGGACUUGACGGAACUGGUGAAAAGCGGCAUCAGUCUAAGUAAUGACCUCGAGGCUGCCGUCACUCUGCUCGGCUUUUCGGGUGCCUCUUCAUUUUCAGGACAACCACAGCGGGUUUUCAACGGCCUCUUCACCCUAUCAAGCGAUGUCUCAGUCGCACUUGCACGGAGUCAUUACCGAUGCCUGAAAAUUUUCAUGUUGGAAAGAAUCCUUGAUUUGAAAGGCAUUUUGAAGGAGGCCCCGGUCAAGAUCGAUGCGGAGGUAGGGAAAAUGCCGAGCUGGUCUGACGGAGUCGCGGUUGUCGAAGAGGUUCUCGACGACAUCCGCGCAGUGUUCGGGCUGGACGGAAAGGAAGCGCCGGCGGACGGACUUCCGUACCGCACGAUGACGAUGUUCUGGCCCAUGGUGCUGGUCCGCACGUCAUGCUUUGCGGGUCCUCAUAACGGGCGCUGGGUUGCGGAGAGGAUGUUGGAGUUGACGUCUGAGGCAGGGUUUGGCCUGGGAGUCGAGGCGGCCAACCUCUGA